CGGCCGCGGGGAGCGCUGCGUCCGUCCGAGGCGGCGCGCUCGCUCCCUGCCAAGACGCGGUGUGCGCGCCGCUCCGUGCCUGCCGGUCGGCGGUGGAGCUUCGCGCAGGUUUCACCCUGCCAGCGGUGGCCACGUCUGGCUGAGCCUCAGUGGCCCUCGCCAGAGUAGGGCCUCCCUCUGCUCUUCUCCCUCACCUGGCCCCGCCCUCCGUGUGUUCGAAGCUGGGGCUUCUGGCACCUGUGGGCAUCCAGGCUUGGCUGUUUCCAGGAGCCGGCCGGCCGUGCUGCUGCACCAGCCACGGACCUUACCUUGGAUGGGAACACUGUUCCCAUCACCAGCGGCGGAAGCUUCUGGUGGGAGAGAGGAGCAGAGGCAGUCAGAUGAAGACCAAGUACACACUGAUAGAUGAGCAAGACAUCCCGCUGGUGGAGGGCUACUCCUUUGAGGCCCGGAUGGAUGUCGAUGCGGAUGGAAAUGGUGCUAAGAUAUUUGCAUAUGCCUUCGACAAAAACCGAGGAAGGGGGUCUGGAAGGCUCCUUCACGAGCUGCUUUGGGAGCGGCACCGGGGAGGCAUUGCUCCCGGGUUUCAGGUGGUGCAUCUCAAUGCUGUGACCGUGGACAAUCGCCUGGACAACCUGCAGCUGGUGCCGUGGGGCUGGCGGCCCAAAGCCGAGGAGACCUCCAGCAAACAAAGGGAGCAGAGCUUAUAUUGGCUUGCGAUUCAGCAGCUUCCCACGGACCCCAUAGAAGAGCAGUUCCCCGUCUUGAAUGUGACCCGGUACUAUAACGCCAAUGGGGACGUGGUGGAGGAGGAGGAGAAUUCCUGCACCUACUACGAGUGCCAUUACCCUCCCUGCACGAUGAUCGAGAAGCAGCUCCGGGAGUUCAACAUCUGUGGGCGCUGCCAGGUGGCCAGGUACUGUGGCUCCCAGUGCCAGCAGAAGGACUGGCCUGCCCACAAGAAGCACUGUCGGGAGAAGAAGCGCCCCUUCCAGCACGAGCUAGAGCCGGAGCGGUGACGGGCAGCAGGGCGGCAGUGCAGCCCCCGUGCACGUGGCUUCCAGACCUUCCUCGGGCACAGCAGACACAGACUGGUGGUUGAACCUGGAAGUGCUGAAGGAGCCAGUGAUGCGCACCCAGGACAGCCGCCGUGGAGCCCCUUGUCGUGGGCACUUUGUGCGGACACAGCGCUCCCCUCCAAGUGUUAACCUCAAGCAGAGACAGCUGGGGAGGCUCCCGCCAGGAUGCUUCUCAUUAUUUAUAUGUUAAUAUGUUUGUAAACUCAUGUACAGUUUUUUUGUGGGGGGAGGCAGUGAGAGGGUUAGAAAUUACAAAUAGAAUCAUUUGUGGUAAUCUUCAAAUGGCAAACAGCCGGGCCACAUGCCUAAAAACUGUCAUGUGGCAGAUGCUUCUCUCCUGGGCAGCUGCAGCCUGAAGAGCAUGGGCUGUGUGGAGUCAUAGCCACAAGGCAAAGUAAAGGGGUGGAGUCGUCUGGUG